AUCACAAAUACAUUAAUUUCUACUAAAUAUAGUCGUCCUGGGACUAGUGUUCAUUUCCUUAUCCUUUACAGCUUUUAAAUAGCUCAUCCAUUCACACACAUACACUUAUAACCCUUAAUUAAUAUAUUUAAUUUCUUAUCAGUUGAAAUCAUGUUUGAAUAUUAUUUUCUUUGCUAUUUAGUAGGGGUUGGUCAUGGUCAAGUCAUACCAUCAAUAACACACAAAGAUAACAUAGAGCAUAUAUCAUCACCGUUCGAUGAACCCAGUGAUGACUAUAAACGAGAAGCUGGAGGUGCUGCCCUAGUAGCAUUUUUUAUUGUUGUAACGUUUGGAUUCCUUAUAAUUUGUUUUAUAUCAUUAUUUAUAUUCAUUAGAAAAAGAAUUAGACUCUCAGAAGAUGAGCUUUCAAGAGAGGAGGAAAAUCAAGCAUAUCUUGAGUUAAAUUCAGAAGAGCAGGAACUCUUCUUCCAAUCUAAAGAAUACUUACAAACUAAUCCAUAUAUUAGAGGAGAAUUAACCUUAUCACAAAACUUACUUAUACAAGAGAAAGGGAUUAAAGCUUGGGAGUUCAUUAAAGAUUCAAUGCUUACAAAUAAUGAUUUGUUGAUCAUCAACAAAUAUGAAUUAAAUUUCUUUAAGAGAUUUGAAUGUUCAACACAAACAAACUUACCCAUUCCCAAUAAAAAUGAAGUUUAUUAUUUUGAAAAUAAGAUUUAUUCAUUACCUGACCCUGAAAAUACCAAAAUAUCCUUAGGAAUAGCCGUGAAACCUUAUCCAUGGUUUAGAUUACCAGGUAGACACCAAAAUUCCUUAAGUUAUGAUUCAGAUGGUUAUAGAAGAUAUAAUCAACCAUUCAAAUUUCAAUUUGAUGCGCCAUUCCCUCAAAUAAUUCAAGGUGAUGUCGUCGGUAUAGGAUACAGAGUAAGACUGGGCACAAUAUUUUUCACUAGAAAUGGUAAAAAGAUAAGUGAACUGAAAAUUGGUGGACAUAUUAAAAACUUCAAAAUAUCUGAUGUUGGACAAAUAUUCCCAACUAUUGGAGCAAAUAAUUUAUGUUCUGUACACGUUAAUUUAGGUCAAAUGGGGUUUGUUUAUAUAGAGGGAAAUGUCAAGAAAUGGGGGUUCGCUCCGUUGGAAGGUUCCGGACCGGCUCCACCAGCAUAUAACAAGUUUAAUGCUGAUAUCUUACUUGAAAGAUCUGAAAUUGAUGAUGAAAAUGAUUUAUCAGAAAGAGAAAAUGACUUCCCUCCUGAUUUUUGGGAAAUUCAUGGACAAUCUGAAGAACCUGAAGAAUCAAGUAAUGUCGAAUUCAAUCAUGAUAAGUUCAGUUAUAAUGCUUAUAGUGAUUUAAAUUCUACGGAUGAAAGAAUAACUUUGAAUAGCUUGGUGGCUCCUAUGCGGCCACCAUCAUAUGAGGAAGAUCUGGAAGAAGAAGAUCAAGAACAAGAAGAUGCAGUCGAAGAUUUACAAAUACGAGAUGAUGACAUCCAAGGAGUAGGAGAAGAGAAUGAUGGAACUGAAGAAGAAGGAGAAGCCGAGAAUAAUGAAGUAUCUCAGGAAGAAGUCAGUUUCCGUGAUGCUGAAGAUGCUACUUCAUUUAAUAUAAUUGCAACAUCUAGCAGAGACGAUUUACAAAAUAACUAAUGUCACUCAAUGGUUUUCAUUUUAGAAUAAAAUGCUAUAAUACCCAGACUUUUAAUUUUUUUAAUUGUAAUUGUGAAU